AUGUCAGUCAUUCCACAAGAACUUGCUGACAUCUUCCAAGCAAUCGCUACAAAGCCUAGCCCUGGUAACGAUCCUCGGGAGCUUCAAGAUACAGGUGUAGGUGUGUUAAACCUCCCCAACCAGCAGCAAGAUGGCACGUUACACCCGUCCCGGUGCUCAGAAAACACCAAGCAGGACAGCCCACAUGCAGGGGUGCUCAAAGAACGCUUUCUGAAUCGAAAUGAUACGCUGCUGGAGUCCCAUCUCCCCAGAACCCCAGAAUGUGACCAUAUUCGAAAACAGGGUCCUUACAGAGGGAUCCUGCAUCAACUCCCGUUUCCCAAGUCCCCUCGGCCAAAACCCAAGUUUCCGCAAGCGUCACCUGAAAACCCAACUUCUGGAAACGCCCCCUUACCUCGCCAGCGCAGGCCGGCAGCGCGGCCACCGCGGAGCAGCAGCCGCGGGCGCUCCCGCGGUCCCCGCCGCCGCAGCCUCCGAGGCGGCGGGAGGCUCCGGCUGCUCUGCGGCCGGGAGGACGGCCAGCCAGGCCCUGGGCCCUGCCCCGCGACCCGGGGAGCCUCUCCUCCCGCAGGCAGGCGGAGAGCUCCUCCCGCGCCCCGCCGUGCGCCCGGGCGAGCCCCGGCGCUGGGGGCACAGCUCCGCACCCCGCGCCCGGCCGGCCGGGGACGCCGCCAGGCGCACGGCUCCGGCGCAGCGCCCGGGUCGCGGGGCGGCGGAGAGGGGCGUGUUCCGGAGCCUCGGAGCCCGCACGCCGGGUGCCGGCGGGACCGGGGAAGGCGGCGAGCCGAGCGCGUGUCCCUGGCGGCGGCUCCGGGCCCUCCGUCCCCCGCGGCCGGCCUGGCAAGCGCUGCCGCCGCGCGCCCCUGCGGGGACCGCCGCCGCCGGGCUCGCCCUGCGCAGCCGCCUCCGCGCCGGCCUCGGAGCCAAACUUUCCUGGCGAAACCCGCUCGUGCGGGGACGCCGCGCUGUCCCCCGGGCCCCCAAAACGGUGCGCCCCCUCCCCUGCGCAGCCGAGACCCACUGAAAAUAUGGCGCCCUCGAACGCCGUUCCUCAGUGUCCUCCGGGAAUCCCGAAAUGCCCGGCUCCGGGACCCCGGCCCCCCCGCGGGCGCGGAAUCUCAGCCCGUGCGGCCCCCGAAGGAGAGGGCGCCGCUCGUCCGGGGCGACACCGAGUCCGAAUCCUGCUCCUCGCGCUCCAGGCGGGCGCUGCCCCCGUGCCCCGGCGGGCGAGCGACCAGCAGUUUGCUGGGGACGAAAUUAUUGCCAAGUAAAGGGGGGUCGUGGAACAGGCAGGUACAAGCGUCCGGGCUGGGGAAGGGGCUGGGCACCAGCCGGCUGCCUCUGCCCGGAGCCUGGCCGGAGACUUGUUUGCAAAGUGGCGCUGGAGUCGGGGCGGCCAGUGCUGGAAUGAAGCCGUUCCGCCCGCGCCAACUCUCCUGGCACGGGGGCCCGGUCGGGGCCGAGGGGGACACUCCGGGCGGGCGAGGCCGCUAUUUCCAAGCCCCGUUACCGGAAACCCAGCGGGAGCUCCGGAGGGGACCGGCUGCCCGCGGCCAGGAAUCCGCUCUGGGGCGCCGGCUGCGCGAGGCUUGUUGGCAAACCCGCUGCGCCCGGGUCGAGUGCCGUGAAAAACAUACAUGUGCAGUAGGCAGGUGCAUUGAUUUUAUUUUAUUUUUUAUUUUCCUGCAGAAAGCCUUCCUUACAGCAUCCCAUCUGGGAGGUGUGCGGUUUUUUGUUUUUGUUUUGUUUUUUUUUCCUGCACUGGCAUCACUCACGAGAUUGCAAAAGGAAGAGGGGGAAAAAAACCACCCACAUUUUCCUUCUGUCGGGAGGGAAAAGACACGAGAAAAUUCAUGCAACGUGCAUGCAGCUGGAGGAGGAGGGAAACCCGAGGGAGCCGUGCGCCUUACCGGGGGAUGCAUUUACUGUCUCAUUGCAGAGCGCCUGCCCGGGAGUGCAGCCGGCGUCCCCCCCGCGCGCCCGGCGACCGCUCCGCUCCCGCCGCCGCCUCAGCCCCAGCCGCCGCCGCUGGCUCCGGGCGCGGAACGAGAGCCGAGGGCGAGCGCGAGCGCACGGCCCGCGAGCGCGGGGAGGGAGGGCAGGAAGCGCGUCAUCACUCGGGGACGGCGCGGCCCCGCGAGGCUCCGCACGGCUCCGGUCCAGACGCGGCGCCCGGCGGGGCCGGUGCGGGGGCUCCGGCGUCUCUGCCUGCGGCCGGCGCUGGAGGGUCCGCGGGGGGAAGGCGACGCGCCGGCCGAGCUGUCUCGGGAAGAGGGGCGCGCAGGGUGACCCCGGCUCCCCAGAUUUGGACCUCUGCUGUGGCCCAAUGGCUUCCCAUCAAGCAUCUCAAAAAUCAGUUCUUUUCCCCAAACACUGGAUUUCAGGAUUUUUCCUCAAUUAAUUCAACCUUCUCAAAGUAUCCCCAUGAUCUUCCACAGCCUGCCAAUGUGUGUUGUUUAAUGAUAGAUGGUAAGUCCCAUGACAGCAAGGACCUUAUCUGCAUCUUCCUGCCUACAUGAGUGGCACAUAGCUGGUCUCAAUAAAUAUUCAUUUCAUGAAA